GGGGAACUCUUCCCGCCGAUCAUUCAGACCAAAAAAUUUUAGGAUGAAAGAAAAAGGCGGAAGAGUUCAAAAGUGCUUAAAGAAAGUUAUUAUUUUACGCAUUUCAACAUUACCAACUGUUUAUUUAGUCUUUUCCGAACAUUUUGAUAUGAGUUUUAAAAUGAGUCUGCUAGAAGGUCUUAAAUUUUUUCGACCAAAAAUUUAUUUCUCACUGUCAACUCAAUGUUAGUGACCC